AUGUCUCGCCCCGCUCCGCUGGCGUCGGCGCGGCCAACUGCCCCGAGGGACCCAGGACCCGGGCUCCUGAGGCAGCGGCCUGCAGGCCCGGUAAUCAAGGUGAAGAUCCCGAAGGACAGGGACGGCAGGCCCAAGCAGUUUGCGUUUGUGAAUUUCAAACAUGAAGAAUCCGUCCCUUACGGGCUGAGCCUGCUUAACGGGAUCAAACUGUACGGAAGGCCCAUCAAAAUUCAGUUCCGAUCAGGGAGCAGUCACGCGUCUCAAGACGGCAGUCUGUCCGGUUCCCCGCAUGGAGCUGCCAACACCAGCCCAUCUGGCGUGCCGCAUCCGGCGUCAAACUGCAGCAGAUACGACAGGAGUUCUGACGGUGCGGUAGCGGCGGGAUUCGCGGCGGCGCAGAGGUCUCUGCCGCCUGCAGAUAACCUUCAGAGACCAGCGGUGACGAGCAGCGCCAUGUGGCAGCCACCUCCGUUCGGGGGGAAGUACGAGCCGCCCGCCUUCGCCCUGCCCGGCUACCCACCGGCUCCUCCUGGCUGUCACCCCCCGCCGUGCCCCCCCAGCGUCGUCCUCCGCAACCAGCCGCGCGCUUCGAAACGCGUUCGCUCCACACCUCAGGGCUUUUCGGGGGGGACACACCACCAGAACAGCGUGCCGUGGUUUCGGGGGUAUCACGCAGCGCCGCUCGGGCGCAAGCAAAGCAGCCGCUCGUGUCUCCCCCCGGCCCCGCAGGGCAGCCCGGCCCCUCGGGGCCGAUCCCGCCCCAGCAGCCGCUUCCCCCUGUGCUUUUUGCGAUCGCCUCCGGUGUUUUUCUCUUCCCCACAGGGCCCCAACCUGAUCAUUAAUCAGCCCGACGAGCUGCUGGACGGCAUGUCCGAGUGGUGCAAGGAGCACCACGGGAAGUCUGGCCUUACGAAGGCUGUGAAGGAGAGUAAAAUUUCAUUGCAGCAAGCCGAGUACGAGUUUCUGUCCUUUGUACGGCAACAGACCCCCCCGGGGCUCUGUCCCCUUGCAGGUAACUCUGUUCACGCAGAUAAGAAGUUUCUUGACAAAUACAUGCCUCAGUUCAUGAGGCAUCUUCAUUACAGGAUCGUUGAUGUGAGCACUGUCAAAGAGCUCUGCAGACGCUGGUAUCCAGAGGAAUAUGAGUUUGCACCAAAGAAGGCGGCUUCUCACAGAGCGCUGGAUGACAUCAGGGAAAGCAUCAAAGAACUGCAGUUCUACAGAGAUAGCAUCUUCAAGAGGAAAACGGAUGAAAAGAAGAGGAAGCUGAUAGAGAACGGAGAGAGCGAUAAAGGCGCCAGCUGAUUCUCGUCCCACCACGCCGUCCCGUGGCACGUGCUCAAUGGGCCUCCCGGUUCUUUUCUGUUCGCCGGCCUCUUGAGAAGCUGCACCCUUCAGUUACCCCGUUUCUUAACAGCUGUUAAAAUGCGGGUGGAAGCCCGAGUUACCGCUUCUUUUCUGUUUGAGCAGGGAGUCGACACCCCCGAGUCUCAGCAGCUCGCUCCUUCGUACGGCCUAGGUAGGACUCGCCGUUUGAUACUCCUCUUCGUCAGGUUAUAGAUGCGGUCUUUCACUACACAAUAAAACCAGUUCUGUUGA